AUUUUGUUCGUUGUUGCUUGCAGAGAGAAAUGGACAGAGGUCAUAAGGAACAGCGCGAUCACGAGAAUUUGAAUGAAAACGAAGAGGAACGAAAAGUGGGAAUGGACUUUCUUAAUUUAUCUCGUCACCAUGGCGUGGAGCACGCAACCGAUACCGAAACAGAGCGGGAUAUGGAAGUUGAUCAAAACGACCAUAUUGAGAAUUUCCACGAUGACAAAGUAGAUCAAACUAUAGGAAGAAAUUUUCAUAAUCUAGCGAACCAUCCCGCUAUGAGAGACAUGGACAGAGAUCAAAAUAAUGUCGAUAAUGUACACGAUGAUAAACUCGAUCAUAAAAUGGGACGAGAUUUUCGUAAUUUGGGGUCUCACGCAGGCAUGGUUCAUCUUCACUCUGGAAUUGAGCAUUUAAAUAACGUGGACGUAGAGGUAAAAUUAGCAAGGGAUGUUCGCAGUUCAUUGGGCUUAGGAUUGUCUCUGGAAUUGUGCGUGGUUUGCGGAGACAGGGCCAGCGGGAGACAUUAUGGGGCAAUAAGUUGCGAGGGCUGCAAGGGAUUCUUUAAACGCAGCAUUCGGAAACAAUUGGGUUACCAAUGCAGAGGCAGUAAGAGUUGUGAAGUCACUAAACAUCACCGUAAUCGUUGCCAGUAUUGCCGACUUCAGAAAUGUCUAGCCAUGGGCAUGAGGAGUGAUUCUGUCCAACAUGAGAGAAAACCAGUGUUAGGUGAAGCGACAGGAACAAAAGUAGGAAAUAGGAGUCCUAGAGUUAAACCAGAACCACAACAACCAGUGUCUGAAACACUUCCAACUUGGGAACAACCUGACAGCCCCAAUAUGGAAGACCAAAGUAGCGAUAGUGAUCUCAGUGAUGCAAGGGAACGUCUACUUAUUUCACAUGCACUGGAUAGCAUGGCCAAACUUAUGUGUAGUGAAAGCGUUAACGGUUCGAGUGAGCCGGAAGAAGUAUGGACCGGUCAAUUAAUUUCUGAAAGACAUACACUGUUUGAGUUAAGAGCUCCAAGCCCGGCUCCUGCGUACUUAUCGAUACACUAUAUUUGCGAGAGUGCCGCUAGAUUGCUUUUUCUAUCGGUUCAUUGGGCACGAGGAAUUCCUGCAUUUCAAGCAUUACCAUCUGAAGUUCAAACAACGUUAGUGCGCAGUUCUUGGGGACAGCUGUUCACGCUUGGUCUUGCACAAUGCGCAUACACUUUAUCCCUUCCAAGUAUUUUAACAUCAAUAAUAAAUCAUUUGCAAGCUAGUAUUGCACAGGAACAAAUAACUGCAAGCAAAGUAAAAUCAGUCACGGAACAUAUAUGUAGAUUACAAGAUUGUGUUAGUUCACUUCAUAAGUUGCAAGUGGAUUCUGUUGAAUACGCGUAUUUGAAAGCAUUGACGCUCUUCAGUGCUGACAAUAUCUUGGGCGGUGUUUGGCGUAAAAAGGUUGAAGUUCUACAAGAAGCUGCGUGGACAGAAUUACAACAACGUGUGGGAUCCGAUAGAUUACCUCGCCUUCUUUUGAGGCUCGCGCCACUUCGUUCGAUUAACCCUAGAGUAUUGGAAGAUUUGUUUUUCGCAGGUCUUAUCGGUAGGGUAAGCGUAGCUAGUGUCGUGCCUUAUAUUCUUACUAUGCAAGAUUACAAAGCUGAACCUGAAAGUCAUAUGGGAAAGUGCAAGAGGCCCAACGGUGAAGAGACCGAGGAGAAUAAGAAAGGAAAACGGAAACGGGCAGCGGAAACGGAGAUCGAGGUAUCGAAGAAACAGGAAGAGGUUUCGGUCGUGGUGGAAACCAAACGGAAAACCAUGGAACACACCCUGCCGAGAUAUGAGUCCCGUUUACCAAAAGUUACGCCCAUCACCGACGACUACGAAAUCAGUAAUUACGUGCUUGGUCUUGGAAUAAAUGGGAAAGUUGUUCAGUGUUAUGAUAAAAACACCAGGGAGAAGUACGCGCUCAAGGUAUUAUACGACUGUGUCAAGGCACGAAGAGAGGUUGAAUUACAUUGGAGGGCAUCAAAUUGCAAGCACAUAGUCCAAGUGAAAGAUGUUUAUGAGAAUACGUACAGUGGAAACAAAUGUUUGCUGGUUGUUAUGGAAUGCAUGGAGGGAGGUGAAUUGUUUGAGAGAAUACAAGAUAGGCAAGACGGUGCUUUCACAGAGAGAGAAGCUGCACAAAUAAUGUAUGAAAUUUGUGUUGCUGUGAAACACCUGCAUGACAUGAAUAUUGCACAUAGGGAUCUCAAACCAGAAAAUCUAUUGUAUUCCAAACCUGACAGUACUGGGAUAUUGAAGUUGACUGAUUUUGGUUUUGCGAAAGAAACGCAUUCGAAAGACAUGUUACAAACGCCGUGUUACACACCAUACUACGUUGCUCCUGAAGUUUUGGGACCAGAAAAGUAUGAUAAAAGCUGUGAUAUUUGGUCACUCGGAGUUAUAAUGUAUAUAUUAUUGUGUGGUUUUCCGCCCUUUUAUAGCAACCAUGGUUUAGCAAUUUCUCCAGGGAUGAAAAAGAGAAUUCGAUUAGGCCAAUACGAUUUUCCAGCCCCCGAGUGGUCUAACGUGAGCACGGAAGCAAAAAAUUUAAUCAAGGGUAUGUUGUGUACAGAUCCAGCUCAAAGAUUGCAGAUUGACGAAGUUAUGCGCAACAAGUGGAUCGCUCAAUACACGGAAGUACCUCCUACACCUUUGCAUACCGGACGCGUUCUCCGAGAAGGUGAAGAACUCUGGCCGGAAGUUCAAGAAGAGAUGACACGGUCCUUAGCCACAAUGCGCGUAGACUACGAUACAGCUAAUUUGAAACAAUUGGAUCACACGAACAAUGCGUUGUUAAACAAGCGCAGACGAGCGAAACAGACGAACGCCGUACCGCCUACCGCCAAUCCUACGCCGGCGUCCUAGGGAGCGAUGAUAAGAGCCAGGCAACACUGGCGUGUUUUUCUACGCAGGUGCAUAAGGUACAGUGUAAUAACCAUGAGGAUCGUUUUUUGAUAUGAUGUAAAAUAUGUACGAAAAAGAGAGAACAAGGUCGAGAAAAGAGUUACGCACGUAGACUGAAAUGUUAUGCACAGAAUCCAAGUUCCGAAUUAAAAGAUCAUGACUCUUUUUCUAAGAUACCAGCUACGACUGUUGAGUUAAAACUUGGAGGUAUCGCUAUUUACGGUGCGUUUUUCACUUUUCUUAGUAAAAGUGAUAGCACUUUAAACACAAGAUGAUGCAAGAAUAAGUAAGAAUUAGAUACGAGUAAUAAAUAAUGAUGUGUAUUGCAACUUAUAUUUAUUGAUAAAACGUUAUUGAAACGAGAACGUUUUGUCAUUAGCAAACGAGUAGUAAAUUCAUAUUGAAAAGAAAUAAACAUAUGAAAAAUAUUUUUCAAUCUUGAAUAAAAUAUUAGACUUCAUAAUGAAGAUUGUUAUAAACAGAUACAUCACUGAGCAGCUAUAAUAGUUUCUUUACCGCCUAUUCACUUGGACAAGUGACAUAUUCACUUGGUUUGCAAAGUUUAAAAAUGUUAAUGUAUACAGCUAUAUUUUUAAAUUACAUAGUAAUUUUAUUUAUCGCCGUUGACGCAUACAAAAUUCUUUUAUUAUACAAGUCUCACUAAUAUGUUCAUUAACUUUUAUCUUUGUACCGUAACAAAUCAUACAGAACAUAAAAAUAAUGUUCAUUUGAAAUAUAGUGAAAGAAUGUGUAAUCUAUUUUUAAGUGAUAUUUUGACUGAGGCUGAAUACGUCUUAAGAAUCUUUGUAAUUGUUGCAAGGUGCUGAUUGCUGAUAUACGUUGCUUUGUUUCCUAGGUACUAAAUGAAUACCGUCAUCUUCUAAAGCGAAUGAAACUUAUAAUAAACAGAGAACAUGAUACACUAUACGAACUAAAUGUAAUAAUUAUAUUUUUUUAGAUAGAUUAUAAAAUAAAAAGGUGAAAUGAAUUUAGGUAAAAAGAAAUGCCUUAAUCAAUGUGAGGUCAAUUUUUAGUUUAGCGUAAGUUCGACUAGCGUAAUUAUUACGCAUUUUAAUUAGAUUCAGAUUUAAACAUUUAAAUCCAGAGGUGAUCAAAUCUCAUGAAUAUAUCAAUGUUUCAUCUGAGACGACUGAUAUGUUGCGAAUGUAAAUAGUAUAUUCACAAACUAUUUUUAAUAAGAUAACAUAUACACACUUGUAACUGAGGUCAUGAUUAUUCAUAUUACUAGUAAUUUCCUAUAAUGCUUAAUAGUCAGAAAUAGAAUUGUGACUGACGAGUAUCGAAAAACUAAAUUAAAUGAUUAAUCUUAAUUAUUUCUACGGAUUCACUUACUCGAAAUGAUUUGUUCGUCAAUUAGUUCUGUUUCAACAAAAUAGGAGUAUGUGGAAACAAUCUUAUUUCUAUCAGAGGCAUCAUGUGAUAGUUCAGCUCUUACUUUACCUUUAAUGAGAAUAAAAACGCGAAUAACUGUUAAUUCUAGGCAAAAGUUUAGAUGAGGAAAUGUAGUAGAUUAAAAUAAACUAUCUAAUUUGUCGUACCACAAAAAAACUGUUACAUUGUACUUGAUAGUAUUGAAGUACAAUUUAGGAUUAUUAGAAAGUAAACAAAAGAUGAAUAAAUGUGUUUACUUUUAAUUCGAGUUGAACUACAGUAUUAAAAGAUCCUUUGUAAUUGAUUUACUCUAUUGAUUUGCACUGCAUUUAUAAAACUUGACAAUAAAUAUACAAUCUAUCUUCAAUUCA